CUUGUGUCCUUGUGUCCAUGUGUCCUUGUGUGCUUGUGUCCAUGUGUCCAUGUGUCCUUGUGUCCUUGUGUCCUUGGGUAAGACACUCAACCAGCCAGUAAGAGUUGACUCUCCUCUGUGGCCGUGGUGUAAUUACAAUCACAGACAUUCAUUCUGUAAGGAAGGAAGCCGGUGUCUGUUCUGAUUGUUUGUGAGGUAAAAUAUCAAGAUUUUGAGUUUAAUUGUGAAAAAUAAUGUUUUAAUAAUGAAAAAUAUACUUUACCCAAUAAAGGACAGGAGGCUACAGCUGUUAUUUCAAUGCAUCAGAUACAUUUAAUCAUCAUUGAAUGUCUCCUGCUGCUUAUCUUAUCUUCAGGUUGGACAGUUACAGGUUGUGGUUAUUAGUUAGAACAACUAAAAGUGUCAUGUUUUCAGCUAGUAUAAGGGGAUCACUGACUUAUUUAUAACUUUAGUUACUUGCACAUGUUUAAACCUGAACCUGACUGUGUGUUAUGUGGAGCAGAAGACUGAGACUACACCUCUAUCUAUCCUCUCAGCACAUGAUGACUGAGCAUGUUGCUUAUGUUGGUUGAUGAGCUGAGAAUGUGUUGUCAGUGGAUUUAUCUCACUGGUCAAGAAACACCAGCAGUCAGACAAUCAGACAGGUUUUAUAUAUUUACAGUAUAUAUCAUCCAUCCAGGAUCGAGUUAUUAAUGAAAUGAUAGAGCUAAAACUAGUAGAUCAAAUAUUGCAAGAUGUAAUAAGCAUCUCAAGUGCUGGUGCUGUGUUGGGGGGUUAUCAGAUCAAGCUCUAAACACAACAUUGGAUCACUCUCCUCUGUGCAGCAUCUAAAACAGAAAGAACGAAGCUGAAGCAGCAGUGAUGGUGAGAUGGUGUCUGCAGAAGGUUUGACCUCCAACAUGUAAAUCUGCAGCAUUAGACACAUUCACAGAGCACUCUGCCGUUUAUUAUUCACAUCAGACGUUUGCUUUUGGUCUUCUAAGACAUGAAAAUCAAUAGACGUUCAACAGGAGGAGGUCUGGCAGCUGUUUAAUAUUCAGUUGUGUGGAGCUGUCUGUAACUCUGAUGUGUGUCACUGUGGUGCAACGGAUCGGAUCAUCUUUAGAUCAGCAAAGAAAAGGGGAGGAGACAAAUAUAACUUUGCUUUCCAUUUAUUAAUUAAAGAACUUCAAGAACACUUAAAGCAAAGAACUUUGGGCUAUAGUCUGACAUAACAACUAAAGAUGAUACUUGUUGUGGUGGUGUCUUGGAACCGCAGCAGUAAAACGUUAUUACACAUUAUGAUGAUUAAACUGUAAGAAGAAGAAGAGGGCGCUGUAGUGUGGACGCAAGGCGUGAACCAACAAUGAUGAUGUAGCCUGAAGCACUGUGGCGACACAUAUUUUUUUCAUAUUGUUUACUGUAAGUUUCUAUUUCAUAUUUAUGAUUCUUGUUUUUCAAUAUGCUCUAAAAUACUGAUUGUAAUGAUGAGGUUAUCUAAUGCUGAACAAUCUAUGAACAGGCAGACUCAUCACUCUGUGGUUGAUUUGAACUGACUUGCUAUCUUUAAAUAUCAAAAGAACACCUCCUCUCCAGCCUAAAUGUGAUUUAUGAAUGGCAGUGUUGGGAGCCUGCUGUGUGUCCAGCUGAGAGGCUCGUUGAUCUCUGAGCUGCUGACAGUAUUUUCCUACAGCAGGAAUAAAAAAGGAUUAUAUGUUCAGGACCGCAGAGGAAGCCCUUUUUGUUUGAAUUCACACGGUACUUUGUGAUAUUGAUCAGAUAUAAUUGUGAGCUCAUGAUCCAGUGAGGAGGUGUGUGUAUUAGCACAGAGGGUGCAGUAGUCAGUAAACAUGCUCAAAUCUGUGCGUCUUCAUAGUGAUUUAUAUGCACACUAAGGAAGCGUCUGCAAACAGUGCAGGAUGUGAACUACUCUAUGGAGAGGGUUCUGCAGUGGCAUCCUGUAGAUACCGCAUGGAUACCAGACGGCUUCAUUCACACUCCCUCCCUGAUGUAAUGAAUGGAUCUGUGACAGCAGGCAAACUCAAUCUACUCCACAGUGAGAUCCAUGAGCAGGAGAUGGGACCUGACGAGGAGUCUCACGUAAAGAACUCUGACUGAAGUCCACCUUGCAGCAGGAUCACUGCAUGAGUACUGGACUUGGAUUUAGCCAUGUUUUAUUGGAAAUAAUCUGGUCUAUUUUGUUCUUUCAGUGGGUGUUGGCCUUUGAGAUCUUCAUCCCGCUGGUCCUCUUCUUCAUCCUCCUGGGUCUGAGGCAGAAGAAGCCAGCGAUUCCUGUCAAGGAAGUGUCCUUCUACAGCGCAGCCCCACUCACCUCGGCUGGCAUCAUUCCCAUCAUGCAGUCGCUGUGCCCAGAUGGACAAAGGGAUGAAUUUGGUUUCCUGCAGUACAAGAACUCCACUGUGACCCAGCUGCUGGAGCGGAUCAGUGAAGUGGUUGAACAGAACCGCCUCUUCUCGCCUGAGCGGCCUGGUUUGGGUCAAGAGCUCGAGACCCUGCAGCAGCACCUGGAGAGUCUCAGUUCCACCCGUUUACCUCCGGACUACAACUUCAACACCAGUCAAGGCUUCACGCUGGCCAGUGUGUUGAGGAACCAGACUGUUUUCCAGCAGUUCCUGGUCACAAACCUUUCCCUGUCCAACUCCACAAGCAGCCUGCUGCUCAACACUCCAGUCAGCCUCAGGGAGGUGUACAGCCGUAUCUAUGGUACAUCUCUCAGAGAUGGAGGAGGGGCAAGUUGGAUUCAGGGGGCAAAAGACACCAGACAAAAACCUGGAGACGCAGUUGGUCAUCUGGAGGGGUUCCUUCUGACUGGAGCCAUGCUGGAGAUCCUCACCUGUGGUGAGGGCGGGGCCAACGAGCUCAGUAAGAUCCUGCUGGUGCCUGAGAAGCAGCGGCCAGUGCUGCAGGCCUAUCGCAGCGCAGUGUGCAGCGGAGGGGAGGUUCAAAGGUCAGAGCGCUUCAGGCUGAUGAGCCUCGAGUUGAGAGAGCAGAUCAACACGCAGAUUGUCAGUGAGAAGCUUAACUUGGACCAGUCCAGCUCUUUGGCUCCGCUCUCUCAGUCCGAUCUUGGGGCCUUAUUGAAGGACAUGGCUGAUGUGGAGAGGCUUCUCAAGGAUGUGGACCUGCUCUCCGGCCUGGCCCGACUGCUGCCCAAAGGAGCCUGUGCUGGUCGAACUCAAGCCUCGCCCGCAAACAUGUCCUGGCCCCUUAACGCCACCACCUGGGGCCCCAACACAACUGACAUCCCUGGAGAGGAGGGGGUGGAAGGAGCAGAGGGAGGUGGAGGAGCAGGAGCAAGGAAAGUGAAGGAGGAAGCAGAGAACCCUCACUCUCAGUUUUCAGCAUUUGUACAACUGUGGGCCGGACUACAGCCGAUUCUGUGUGGGCACAACAGGAUCAUUGAGCCUGAGGCUUUGAAACAGGGGAAUAUGAGUUCUCUGGGAUUCACCAGCAAAGAGCAGAGGAAUCUUGGUUUACUGGUUCACCUGAUGACUACAAACCCCAAGAUCCUCUACUCCCCCAUUGGAUCCCAGGUGGACAAAGUGAUUCAGAAGGCAAAUGAGACGUUUGCAUUCGUUGGCAACGUGACGCACUACACCCACGUGUGGCUCAACAUCUCCGCACAGCUCAGGACCUUUCUGGAGGAGGGUCGGCUGCACAACCACCUGGUGUGGUUACAGCAGAUGUCAGCAGAGCUUCAGCAGCACCCUGAGCUGUUAAAUGGCACAGACAGUGAGCUGAUGCAGGCUCUGAUGGAGGGUAACUACAGUCUUCCAAACAUCUCCACCCUGCUGGAGCAGCUGGACACCAUCGACAACGCUGCCUGCGGCUGGACGCGCUUCAUGUCUAAGGUCAGUGUGGACGUCUUCAAGGGCUUUCCUGACGAGGACAGCAUUGUCAACUACACCCUAAACCAGGCCUACCAGGACAACGUGUCUGUGUUUGCUAGUGUGAUCGUCCAGACUAACAAAGAUGGCUCCCUGCCGCCCCAUGUUCUGUACAAAAUUAGACAAAACUCCAGCUUCACAGAGAAGACCAAUGAGAUCAGACGGGCCUACUGGCGUCCCGGGCCCAACACCGGGGGGAAGUUCUACUUCCUCUACGGUUUUGUUUGGAUCCAAGAUAUGAUAGAGAGAGCCAUCAUCAACACCUUUGUGGGCCACGAUGUGGUGGAGCCGGGUAACUACGUCCAGAUGUUCCCCUACCCAUGCUACACCAGAGACGACUUCCUGUUUGUGAUCGAGCACAUGAUGCCUCUGUGCAUGGUGAUCUCCUGGGUUUACUCAGUGGCCAUGAUGAUUCAGCACAUUGUGGCUGAGAAGGAGCACCGGCUCAAAGAGGUGAUGAAGAUGAUGGGUCUGAACAACGCCGUCCACUGGGUGGCUUGGUUCAUCACCGGCUUCGUCCAGCUGUCCAUUUCCGUCACCGCUCUGACAGCCAUCUUGAAGUACGGCAGGGUGUUGCUCCACAGCGACCCCUUCGUCAUCUGGCUCUUCCUCACCAUCUAUGCUGUGGCCACCAUCAUGUUCUGUUUUUUGGUGUCAGUAAUCUACUCAAAAGCCAAGCUGGCUUCAGCUUGUGGAGGAAUCAUCUACUUCCUCAGCUACGUGCCCUACAUGUAUGUGGCCAUUAGGGAGGAGGUUGCCCACGAUAAGAUCACUGCUUUUGAGAAGUGCAUCGCUUCUCUGAUGUCCACCACAGCAUUCGGCCUGGGCUCCAAGUAUUUUGCGCUGUAUGAGGUAGCAGGUGUUGGCAUCCAGUGGAGGACCAUCAGCCAGUCACCGGUAGAAGGCGAUGACUUUAACCUGGGUCUGUCCAUGAUGAUGCUCAUCAUCGAUGCCGGUGUAUACGGUGUGCUCACUUGGUACAUAGAGGCUGUGCAUCCAGGAAUGUAUGGGCUUCCCCGCCCGUGGUACUUCCCGUUACAGAGGUCCUAUUGGUCGGGCAGUGGGCGUGUCGAGACCUGGGAUUGGCCGUGGUGUGCAGGCGGGACUGCCAGGCUCAGUGUGAUGGAGGAAGAUCAGGCUUGUGCUAUGGACCAGCGGAGAUCUGAGGAGAUGCGGGGCAUGGAGGAGGAGCCGAGCCACCUGUCGCUGGUGGUUUGUAUAGACAAACUGACCAAGGUGUACAAGACCGGCAACAAACUGGCCCUCGACAAACUGAGCCUCAACCUCCAUGAAAACCAGGUAGUCUCCUUCCUGGGACACAACGGCGCUGGCAAGACCACAACCAUGUCCAUCCUGACAGGCUUGUUCCCGCCAACCUCUGGAUCUGCCACCAUAUAUGGUCAUGACAUCCGCACGGAGAUGGAGCGGAUUCGUCAGAACCUGGGCAUGUGUCCACAGCACAACGUCCUGUUUGACAAGCUGAGUGUGGAGGAGCACCUGUGGUUCUACUCCAGACUCAAAGGCAUGGCUGAAGAAGACAUACGCAAGGAGAUGGACAAGAUGAUUGUUGACCUGGAGUUAUCCAACAAGCGCCACAGCUUGGUGGAGACUUUGUCCGGCGGGAUGAAGAGGAAGCUCUCUGUGGCCAUCGCCUUCGUUGGGGGCUCCAGGGCUGUCAUCCUGGACGAACCCACAGCGGGGGUGGACCCCUACGCUCGCAGGGCCAUCUGGGACCUGAUCCUCAAGUACAAACAGGGUCGUACAAUUCUGUUGUCCACCCACCAUAUGGAUGAAGCAGACCUUCUUGGAGAUCGCAUUGCCAUCAUCUCACAUGGGAAACUCAAGUGCUGUGGCUCGCCACUCUUCCUGAAGAGCACCUACGGAGAUGGAUACAAGCUGACACUAGUUAAAAAGCAGAGUGAAGGCAGAGGACAGGGCAGCCAGCUGCAGCCUCCUUCGUCUCUGUCUCCGUCCUCCUCUCUGUCACCUUGCUCAGAAGCUCGGGUCACCCAGUUUAUUCGCCGGUUUGUGGCAUCAUGUCUGCUGGUGUCUGACUCCAACACCGAGUUGUCCUACGUCCUGCCCUCUGAGGCCGUCAAGAAGGGCUGCUUCGAGAGGCUGUUCCAGGCUUUAGAGCAGAGCUUGGACAGCCUGGCUCUGACCAGCUUCGGGGUGAUGGACACCACGCUUGAGGAGGUUUUCCUCAAAGUCUCUGAGGAGGACCAGUCCCUGGAGAACAGUGAUGCUGACAUGAAGGGUUCCCCGGGGGGCAGCUCAGUGGGGAAGUCCUCAAUGGGUUCAGGAGGGCUGGGGGCGCCACAGGGUGAGACUGGACCUUCAGUGGAGAGUGAGAAGCCGGAGGUGGAGCCGAGUAAUCUGGUGAUGUGCUCCGGGCUGAGUCAGAGCCAGUCCUCCCUGAAAUCCUCCUCGUCCAUCGGCUCAGUAAGGGGGGAUGAAGGGGGACUGUACGCAGACUUCUAUGGAGAUUACUGCCCACUCUUUGACAACGGCCAAGAGUCUGACUCUGCCAGCCUGAGGGGAGAUGCAGAGAACCCCUCGUCCCCAGAGCCAGAGGUCCUGGAGGGGCAGGGCAGCUUUAAGCUGGAGGGUUGGUGGUUAAAGCUGAGUCAGUUCCACGGCCUCAUCGUCAAGAGGUUCCACUGUGCCAAGAGGAACACUAAGGGCCUCUUUUCUCAGAUCCUCCUGCCUGCCUUCUUCGUCUGUGUGGCCAUGACCGUGGCCUUAUCUGUGCCUGCGAUUGGAGAUCUGCCGCCCCUGAUCUUGUCCCCUUCUCAGUACCAUAACUACACCCAACCUAGAGGCAACUUCAUCCCCUACGCCAACGAAGACAGACCCCAGUACAGGUGUAAGUUGUCCCCAGACGCCAGCCCACAGAAGAUCAUCAACACCCUCCGUCUGCCCUCGGGUGUGGGUGCGACCUGCGUCCUUAAAACCCCCUUCAACAGCACCCUGGACCAACUGGCCCAGACCCUCAACCCCAGCGCCAACAACUCCAAGACCCUGGCUGCUCGCUACUUUGACUCAAUGUGUCUGGACUCCUUCACCCAGGGAGUCCCUCUCUCCAACUUUGUGCCCCCACCCCCUUCACCGGCACCAUCAGAUGACCCAGAUCCUCGCUUUGAGGACGGACUUUGGAACUUCACAGUGGCCCCUCCAACCACAGUCCAUGAGCCCGUGACAUCUCCUCCCACACUUCCCCUGUCCAUCCAUGAGCCGGUGCGUUGUACCUGCUCCAUGCAGGGGACGGGCUUCUCCUGCCCCAGUGGAGUGGGAGGACGCCCCCCCCUCAUGAAGGUAGUCACAGGUGACAUCCUGGUGGACAUCACAGGCCGGAACGUCUCUGAGUAUCUGCUCUUCACGUCAGACAGACUGCGCCUGCACAGAUAUGGUGGUUUAACGGUGGGGAACAUCCAGAAAUCCAUCCCAGCAUCCUUUGGGAGGAAGAUACCUCCAAUGGUUCGCAAGAUAGCAGUUCGCAGAUCAGCUCAGGUUCUGUACAACAACAAAGGUUACCACAGUAUGCCAACAUAUCUGAACGUUCUCAACAAUGCCAUCCUGCGCGCCAACCUGCCUGCAUCCAAGGGCAACCCUGCUGCUUAUGGUUUCACUCUGACAAACCAUCCAAUGAAUCGAACCAGUGCCAGCCUCUCUUUGGACUACUUGCUCCAGGGUACAGAUGUGGUGAUUGCCAUCUUCAUUAUUGUGGCCAUGUCCUUUGUGCCAGCCAGCUUUGUGGUGUUCCUGGUUGCAGAGAAAUCCACAAAGGCCAAACACCUGCAGUUUGUCAGCGGCUGUGAUCCUGUCAUCUACUGGCUGGCUAAUUACAUCUGGGACAUGCUCAACUACCUGGUACCUGCCACGUGCUGUGUUAUCAUUCUGUUUGUGUUCGACCUGCCAGCCUACACCUCCCCAACCAACUUCCCUGCUGUCCUCUCCCUCUUUCUUCUCUACGGGUGGUCCAUCACUCCCAUCAUGUACCCAGCAUCCUUCUGGUUUGAGGUGCCCAGUACAGCCUACGUGUUUCUAAUCGUCAUCAACCUAUUCAUAGGCAUUACUGCCACUGUUGCCACCUUCCUCCUCCAGCUCUUUGAGCACGAUAAGGAUCUGAAAAGAGUCAACAGUUACAUGAAGUCCUGUUUCCUAAUCUUCCCCAACUAUAACCUGGGCCACGGCCUGAUGGAGAUGGCUUAUAAUGAGUACAUCAAUGAAUACUACGCUAAAAUAGGCCAGUUUGACAAGAUGAAGUCUCCGUUCGAGUGGGACAUUGUGACUCGAGGACUCGUUGCCAUGACCAUCGAAGGCUUUGUUGGCUUCCUCAUCACCAUCCUCUGCCAGUACAACUUCCUCAGGAAACCCCCGAGGGUGCCAGUCAGCUGCCAGCCUAUAGACGACGAUGAUGUAGACGUGGCCUGUGAGAGACGAAGAGUGUUGCGAGGAGACGCCGACAACGAUAUGCUGAAGAUCGAGAACCUGACAAAGGUUUACAAAUCCAGGAAGAUGGGUCGUAUCCUGGCAGUGGACCGGCUCUGUCUGGGCGUCCGGCCUGGUGAGUGUUUUGGACUUCUAGGAGUUAAUGGAGCCGGGAAGACCAGCACCUUCAAGAUGCUAACGGGGGACGAGUGCACCACUGGAGGAGAAGCCUUCAUCGACGGAAACAGGUCAGUGCCAGAAACACAAGAUCACAUGAAGACUCAUCCGAUCAGAAUAACACUAUGGUCCACUGCAUGUCGACACCACUCUAUUUAUUAAGCUGUGAGGGCUGUUAUUGUCCUCAGCUCAGCUGAGUGCUGAGGUGAACAAGAGGAAACAUCAUGUUCAAGUUGCAUCAGUCACUCUAGAGAAACCAAGUCUUCACUAUCUGAUGGUCUGGUGAAUGAAUGUGG